AGACCACGUCAGAAGCAUUUCAGGGCUGUCUCCGUCCCGGUCCAACGACUUCAUUCUCUUCCUCCGUGUCCAGCAGCGCGGCGUUGCAGCGGAUCAUGUGACAAGACGUGUCUGUUAACACCUGUGGCUUCCUUCUUCUUCUGUAGUGCAGCAGCCAUCAGAGACGAUGCUCCUCCUCCUUUUCCUCCUGAUCCUUCCAUCGUCCGUCCCAUCAUCGUUUUAUGGGAUGGCUCUGCAGCGCCAUGGCAACCGAGUCUCCUGCAUCAACACCUGCCAGCAGACGAAGGCGGCGGGUGGAGGACUGGUGGUCCGCUGCAGUGGUCUGAGACUGAUUAAGGUACCGGUCGGUCUGUCCAAUCACACCAUUCGUCUGUUUCUGAAUAAAAACCUGCUUCGCUCCCUUCCCGCCUCCGCCUUCUCGGACCUGUUCCUGCUGGAAGAACUGGACCUGUCUCAGAACCAGCUCUCCUCCCUGGAAGCAGGUUGUUUCUCUCAGGUGGCGUCUUCUCUUCGUUACCUGGACCUAUCAUCCAAUCAGCUCACCACAUUGGACCCAGUCGUGUUCACUGGGCUGCAGGUCCAGGCCAACCUCACCAACAACCCCUGGCACUGUGACUGCAGCAUGCAGAUGGCGGUGCCUCGGUUGGAUCUGGACCGGUCUUCUGUGGAGAAAGUCCUGUGUCAGACGUCGGACCUUCCAAACCUUGGAGCUGUCGGACUUCCACUGGUCUUACUGGUGGAGGACUGGGAUCUGUGUGAGUCUGUGAGGAGGACCACCGACGUGGUGACACUGGUCACCAUGUUCCUCUGGUUCCUUAUGCUCAUGUUCUACCUGAUCUACUACAUCCGUCACAACGAGGUGUUCGCUCGCCGACACCUGGACUACCUGAAGUUCCUGGAGAGCCGGGAUCCGUUUAGACCCAGAUAAAGAAGUCCUCAAGAUCCUUUUAGAGUCCAGAGAUCUUUCCUCAUAUUCAUAGAAUUUACCUAGAACUGUACCAGAGAUCCCUGGAACCUCCUGAAGAACCUUUAAGAAGUCUUCAACCUUCUCUGAUUAACAGGAAGGUUGGAGAUAAUUGAUAACUGUAGAUCUCCAUCAAGUCCCAGAACCUGAGGAUGAAAUCCUAAGACCUCCUAAAAGAUCUAGUAGAACUCCUGAGUGGCACAAGAUGUUUAAAACUUCUUCUGGUCCUCCUUUAAACCUCUUAAAAUCCAAAGAUGUUCAGAGACUCAGAGCCUUUGACAACCAAAUAAACCGUAAAGACCUCUAAACUCUAAAAUGACCUGUGACAGUCCCCCCACCACUAUCUGAGCCUCCUCUGGAACCUCUGUGAAGACUUUUAGAUCAUCAAAUAAAUCUUGAGGACCAACACGUCCACCUUGUAGUCCAGAUAAUUAAUAAGAACUCGUGAA